ACACAAAAUUAACUUUUCUACAAGGUUCGUUGCAAGUUGCAACUGUCUUCAAUAGUUUCUUACAUUUUUACAUUACAGACGUUGCAGCUUUCAAAACCAUCCAACUUUCAACUGUCUCUUCUUCAAACAACUAAUUCUAAUCUUCUCUCAUCUUCUCAAUUCAUCAAACAACUUUUUCUCUACAGAAUUCUCCCCUUACUAUUCCAUUGUUCAAUUGAUUAUAUUAUCCACUUUCUCUCUCCUACAUGAACCUUCAUUUUAUCUAACAAUGUGGACUAGAGUUUACUCCCAAUUUUCUAAAUCAUCAAUUCUCAACGCGAAAUUAGGGUUAGGGUUUUGUUCGAGAUGGUAUUCUACCGCCGAACGAGGAAAGCGAGUUGCUGCGCUUUGGGGAAACGGCGAUUACGGUAGAUUGGGGCUUGGUAGCGUCGAUUCUCAGUGGAAGCCCGCAAUUUGUUCUGGUUUUAAUGGCGAUAAUCUUCGCUCCAUUGCUUGUGGUGGUGCUCACACUCUUUUCCUCACAGAAUCUGGGCAUGUUUAUGCCUCUGGGCUCAAUGAUUUCGGACAGCUUGGGAUUUCGGAUGAUAAGGAUUAUGCCAUGGAGCCAGCUGAAGUUUCUGGAAUUGAAAAAGAGAUCAAAUGUAUCUCAGCUGGCUACUGUCAUUCAUGUGCUAUUACAGUGGAUGGAGAGCUCUAUAUGUGGGGAAAGAACUCUAAUGGACAACUUGGGCUUGGCAAGAGUGCACCAAAAGCAGUCUCGAGACCAAGAAAGGUUGAAUUCUUGAAUGGGAUCAUCAUUGGAAUGGCCGCUUUAGGUUCAGAGCAUUCUAUUGCUGUUACUGAUGAAGGUGUCACCUUGAGCUGGGGUGGAGGAGCUUCUGGAAGACUUGGUCAUGACCGUCAAUCUGGAUUGUUCAAUUUUUUGAGCAGUAGGAGUGAAUAUACUCCGAGGCUUGUCAAGCGACUUGAAGAAAUCAAGGUCCAAACUGUUGCUGCUGGCUUGCUGCAUUCAGCUUGUAUUGAUGGGAAUGGCAAUGUCUUUAUGUUUGGUGAUAGAAACCUAAACAAGCUUAGCUUUGGAAAUUCAGACAAUGCUACUGUUCCCUCAAUGAUGUCCAAACUGCCAAUAUCUGAAGAAGUUGCUUGUGGUGGUUAUCACACUUGUGUCCUAACAAUUUACCAUUGUUAUUUUGGCACAGAGAGGGGAGAACUGUAUACAUGGGGUUCCAAUGAUAAUGGCUGCCUUGGCAUUGGUUGUACAGAUGUCAUCCAUUCCCCGGAAAGAGUUGAAGGUCCUUUUAGGAGGCAGUCAGUGAGUAAGGUUUCUUGUGGUUGGAAGCACACAGCUGCAAUUUCAGGUGGGUGUUUGUCAUUAUGGUCAUGUUUUCACUUGGGGCUGGGGAGGUUCUCAUGGAACAUUCUCUGUGGAUGGUCAUUCUUCCGGUGGACAAUUGGGCCAUGGGACUGAUGUUGACUAUAUUGAGCCAACUGUCAUUGAUCUUGGCAGCAAUUUGAAAGCGGUGGAAGUAUCUUGUGGAUUCAACCACACUGGUGCCAUUUAUGAAUACUGCUGAUUUCCAGAAGACGGCACUUAUGUCAUGGACAAGUUACUCCCAGAGCUUUUAUGACCUGGACUAGGUACGCUGUGUAUUCACCGUGUAAUUUUCAUUACAUCAAGUUCUUUUGUUUUACAUCUCCGAUGUCAUUUCUGUAAUAUAAUCAAUAUGUCAUGAAUAAUGAACAAACAAAUAUGAGUAAUUUACAUAACUGUAUCUGUAGAGCAGGCCAAAUUAGUUUGUCAUGUGAGAAGUAUUUUUGUCUCCCAAAGCCAUUGAUUGGUGUAAAGGUACCAUAUGCAUGAAUACUGUAUAAUAAUUGUAAAUGCAACUGUAAUAAGAUUCAUCCCUACAGAAUCAAACAUGGAAAGUUUAUCGACAUUAAGUGACAGCUCAGUUAUCUUCUCCAA